GAAGGGCAAACCAACAAAUAAACCCACCUUCCUCGCAAACACAUCAAAACUCUCCCUGAAUUCCUUAUAUAUUCCUCACCAACCUUACCAAACACACCUCUCUCCGACCUUACAUGGCUCUGGCCCUGCUAAAACGCGAACCACGUCAACCACCGUACCAAAUCGUUUUACAGCCACAGCACCUCCAAAACUACGUCGUUCUACCUAACUGCUUCUCUCUAUUCCAUGGCAUCAUAACCCGGCGCCGUGUCAUCUUCACCGCCACCGCAAUCCUCUUCCUAGCCCUCGUUUACGUCUCUUGGCCGUCGGAUCCUGACAUCAAGAUCGCGCGGCUACAUUUGAAGCGGAUCAGAGUCCAUAAACGGCCAGUUCUCAACAUUGACAUAACGUUAAACCUUACCUUGAAAGUACAAAACGUGGCCGUUUACUCCUUGGAGUAUCGAAGCCUUGACGUGGCUGUAGGUUACAGAGGGAAGAUGCUGGGGCACGUGAGGUCGGACGGGGGGCACGUGAGGGCUAUGGCGUCGUCCUACGUGGAUGCUGAGCUGGAGUUGGUUGGAGUUGAAGUGUUCUCUGACGUGGUGUUCUUGCUUGAAGACUUGGUUAGAGGGACCGUUCCGUUCGAUACUAUUACGGAGGUUACGGGGCAGCUCGGGGUGUUCUUCUUCGGGUUUCCUCUUAAUGCAAAUGUAUCUUGUCAAGUAUUGGUAAAUACAAUCAACCAGACAAUUCUUCGCCAAAAUUGUUACGUAGUGUGAGAAAUUAAGUACAACUUCAUUGCAAGCUCGGUGAAUGUCAGCUGCAAUCCAGGGAAAGUUGGAAACAAGAGCUUAUAUAUGAUCACAGCUUAAUUAUGGUUUUUUUUAAAUAAUGUUUGUUAAAGGUAUAUAUAAUUAAUUAUGUGGUUUUAUAUUUUUAAUGAGACGGGAAAAAUAUGAUUAAUGUGGGUUAUUUAAACAAAA